AUGGAUUUUAUCGAGGAGAUUGUAAGCCGAGUGGAGCGCAUCGAAAGGAACUUGAGGAACACUUCUUUAAAGAGUACCGAUGUCAACAAAACACCGAGGAAUGUGCUGGGAGACAAUGAAAAUCAGGUUGAUCACAUGGAAAGGAUUUUAAAGGAGAAUGCCUUGCAAGAAAGGAAAGACAGAGCUUUGCCGAUGAAUGUAAUGGACGGCUUCGCAAUUCGAGUGGAGCGCAUCGAAGUGGAAGUGAAGGAUGCGCCAGCUGAAAAGAGCGAACGAAGUGCAUUACCGGCGAGAGUCAAUGAGAAGAAAAGUGGCGGACAGGAUUGCGGUAAAGCACUUAGAGAUACUUCUGAAGGAUGCUCUACCAGAAAAGGGGUACAAAGUCCUAUUGGUGCACUGAACGAGGUGACAAAUCAAAUCGAGCGCAUAGAAAGGGAGAUGAAAGACCUUACUCCGCAAGAGAAGAAUUUCAAUUUCUUGCUGAUGAAUGUGCUCUACGAGAUUGCAAAUCGAAUGGAGCGCAUAGAAAGUCAUAUGAGGGAUGCUCAUCUGAGGCAGGCAGACAAAGCCUCUUUUUCGGUUGUGCUGGACGAGAUUGUCAAUAGAGUAGAGCGCAUGGAGAGGGAUUUGAGGAGUUUGAUGGAUGCUAUGGAUGAAAUUGCAAAUCGAGUGGAGCGCUUGGAAAAUCAGAUGAUGAGUGCUCCACAGGAGAAAAGAGACAAGAUGUCCUCUACUUUUGUCGCAGAGGAUAAUUUAAAUGGUAUGAUGCGCGUGGGAAAAGAAACUGGAGAAUAUGCUGCGCAAGAUGACCAUAAAGUUUCACCAAUGGAAACGAAAAAAGCUACUGAAGAACGAAGAUCAUCGCAGUCUGGGCUAUCGUCACUAGAAAAUGUUCGUAAUAAGGAGGCGGAAUUGAGAUUAAGAAAAUGUGUACUUUGUAAUGGGAAUCAUUGGCAAGAGCAUGGUAGAAGAUAUUCUUCAUCAUCGUAG